AUGUGUAAAGUGAAGCAUAAGCGCAGCAGCAAGUCGAAACGAGUGAAGGAGAUCAAAGAAAGUCAUUCAGAGGAAGAUUCCGGGUCGUCCCAAAGUGAUUCGUCUUCGGAUGAAAGUGAUGAACUCGAAAUUGGAAAAAAUUGGGACAACUCGGAAAGUGGUAAAAGUGUUCACGCUGACUUGGACCUUAAGUUCGCGAAAAAGUGGAAAUCAGUGAAGUGCGAGCUCGAUACAGGAGCAAAUACCAGCCUAAUCGGCGUCGAGUGCUUGGCAAAGCUCACAAGUGAAGCGAAUCCAGCUCUGCUCUCGUCGAAAUAUCGCCUGCAAAGCUUCGGCGGCAACCCUAUCAACGUCCUAGGGCAAGUGAAGAUUCCCUGUCGCCGAAAUGCCAAGCGGUACAAGCUGGUUCUGCAGGUCGUGGAAGGCGAUCACCGUCCUUUGCUGUCAGCCAAAGCGUCUCGAAUUUUGGGAUUCGUCAAGUUCUGCAAAGCUGUUUCAUUUGGGAAGCCUGAUGGGUCACCACAGAACCUUUUGAACGGCCUCGGCAAGCUGGCUGGACCGAUUUCUUUGGAUGUAGACGACAGCAUUCCACCGGUGAUUCAACCACCGCGUCGUGUGCCCAUCGCGAUGCGGGACAAGCUGAAGAAGGAGCUGGAGUCGUUGGAAGAGCAGGGAAUCAUCGUGAAGGAGACAACGCACACGGACUGGGUGAGCAACAUUGUCAUCGUUCAAAAAGGGAAUCCAGACGCGCCAUCAAUUCGAAUUUGUUUGGACCCGAUACCCCUGAACAAAGCCCUUAAACGACCAAACCUCCAGUUCGUCACACUUGACGAGAUUCUACCGGAACUUGGACAGGCCCGAGUUUUUUCCACGGUGGACGCCAAGAAGGGGUUCUGGCACGUCGUACUCGAUGAAGCCAGCAGCAAACUGACGACCUUUUGGACGCCUUUUGGUCGUUUCCGCUGGAUCCGUUUGCCGUUCGGAAUCGCCCCUGCACCCAAAAUCUUCCAGAUGAGAUUGCAAGAAGUCAUUCAGGGGCUGAAAGGCGUUGAAUGCAUAGCGGACGAUUUGCUGGUAUACGGAGUUAGAAACAUCCUGGGAGAAGCGCUAAAAGACCACAACAAUUGCCUGGAACGACUCCUCACUCGUCUAGAGGAGCACAACGUAAAGCUAUAUCGAUCCAAACUUAAGCUGUGUCAAACUUCGGUUAAGUUUUACGGGCACGUAUUGACUGACGAAGGGAUCAAGCCGGACGAGAGCAAGAUUGCGACGAUCAAGAACUAUCCGACCCCUACCAACCGCAAAGAAGUCCAUCGCUUCAUAGGUAUGGUCAACUAUCUGAGUCGAUUCCUGAACAACCUCAGCGCCAGCUUGACGAAUCUCCGUAGGCUGAUCGUUGAGUCCGUUCCCUGGCAGUGGACGCAAGUCGAGGAAGAAGAGUUUCAACGGGUUAAAUCUCUCGUGGCGGAUACCGGAACCCUACGGUAUUACAACAUGCAGCAACCACUGACCAUAGAGUGCGAUGCAAGCUGUUUUGGUCUCGGCGUUGUGGUUUAUCAGCAGGACGGAGUUAUCGGAUACGCCUCGCGGACUCUUACCAAGACGAUCCUCUUUGCGUGCGUACGGUUCGAUCAGCUGAUCGUAGGAAAUCCCAUGACAACCAUCAAGACGGAUCACAAACCUCUCAUCAGUUUGUUCCGAAAACCACUCCUGGCGGCCCCCCGCCGGCUCCAGCACAUGCUGCUUAACCUGCAGCGGUAUCGGUUUUUCAUUGUGUUCGUCUCUAGGAAGGAAAACGUCGUCGCAGACGCUCUAUCGCGAGCCCCGAUUCUCGAGGAGGAGCCAGCGGAUCAGUACCAAAAACUCAACAUUUGCAGAUUUUCCGGUGAACUCGAAGAAGUUCGCCUCAGCAGCUACUUGAGCGUUUCGGAUAGUCGUCUGAAGGAAAUCGAAUCCGAAACAAAGAAGGACCAAACGAUGCAGCUGAUAGCCGACUACAUUCAGCAUGGUUGGCCGCUAUCCGCUGACCGGGUCCCGGAUGGAGCAAGGAUUUACUUCGGUUAUCGCAACGAGCUCUGUACACAGGAUGGACUAGUUUUUCGCGGAGAUCAAAUCUUGGUUCCGCACAGUCUUCGUCGCAAACUGGUCGAAUGCUGCCACGUGAGCCACAACGGAGUGGAGGCGACGUUGAAGCUAGCCAGGAACAACCUUUUCUGGCCAGGGAUGAGCACACAAAUAAAGGACGUCGUGAUGCAGUGUGCUGUGUGUGCCAAGUUCGCAGCGUCUCAGCCCAAUCCUCCAAUGUUGAGCCACACCAUCCCGAUCCAUCCUUUCCAGCUGGUCUCGAUGGAUGUCUUCCUGGCGGAGUAUCGUGGUGCCAAGCGCAAAUUUCUGGUAACCGUUGACCACUACUCCGACUUCUUCGAAGUGGACAUCCUCAAGGAUUUGACUCCGGAGGCCGUCAUCGCAGCGUGCAAGACAAACUUUGCGCGCCACGGAAAGCCAGCGGGUGCUCAGCGACAAUGCAACGAACUUUGUCAACCAGAAGAUGUUCGACCAAACUGCUCCCGCGGGUGGUUGAAGCAGUUCCUGAAGCAAUCGACAAAUAAGCACCACUACGACAAGAGGACGAGAGAGCUUCCAGAACUCAAGACUGGCUCACCUGUAUACGUACAGCUGCAUCUUGGAACUACCAAGCUGUGGUCUGCGGGAAGAGUCUUGGACCGACUGAGCGAGCGAUCCUACCUGGUCGAUGUGGAGGAGCCGAAUAUCGACGAAGCCUGA